AUGGAUGGUCUUCUUGAAGAUCUGACAACAAAUGACCUUAUUUUCUACAAAGGAACUUCAAAAACAAUUCAAAAUGAUUUGUUGGAUUCUAUUCUAUCAGUAUGUCGAAAUAAAAUAGUAAAUGCAAUUCAACAGUCAGAAUUUAUUUCCAUAAUUGUUGAUGAAACAACUGAUAUUUCAAAUAUCUUUCAGUUGGUUCUUAUACUUAGAUACGAAGUACAAGGUCGACCUGUUGAGCGGUUUUGGGGUUUUGAGAAWCCGAAUGGACAUAAUGCCGAAGCAUUAUCGCAAACUAUCUUUGGCUUAAUUGAUCUACUUCUAGAAAAACCACCUAAUAAAUUCAUAGCUCAGUCAUACGAUGGUGCAGCGGUUAUGAGUGGCCAAAAAGCUGGUGUUAAUGUGAAGAUAAAAGAACAGURCCCAUUCGCCUUUUUUAUUCACUGCUAUGCUCACCAAUUAAAUCUCAUAAUGAUACAAUCAAUUUCAAAAAAUAAGCAGAGGGUAUCAGUGUCAGACGAAGUGGUCGGUGUUCGUUUGCCAAGAACAGUACAGACUAGAUGGAAUUUUAAUGUAAGAACCGUUAAUACUGUUUUUGAACACAGAAAAGACUUGAUAAUUUAUAUGGAUAAAAUAAUUGAAAUAUCUUUACAAACUAAAACAAUUAAUCAAGCCACUGGUAUUAAAAGGCUUCUAGAAGAUACCGAUUUUAUAUUUUGGUUGAAUAUAUUUCAUAAAAUUAUGCCACAUGUUGAUUGUUUAUAUAGUUCUGUCCAAGCUAGAAAAACAGACCCUGUUUAA